AAUAGCAUUAAUAAUCUAAGGGGCUGCACUAAGACCCUAAUUAAGAUGGUAUAUGAAUGUUUCCUGCUUGCAUGUGAGAUUAUAGAUUUAAGUUACACAGUCUCAAGGCUCCUUAAGGAAUUAAUUUUAUUAACCGUGGUUUGGGAAAGAUGGUCAUUAUUCUUGCUUUUUUUGCAAGAGAAAUAUUUUACUAUUUUGACCUGUGACCUGUUAAUCCAUGUUUAGGACCUGGCUUCUCAGUGGACAUUUUAAGUCACAGUGCAACUGUCCUGGUCCUGGUGGCUGGACACGUUCAUCACCUCUUUCUAACAAGUGAGGCACUGAGGAAAAGAGGAGCCUUCCUCAAGCAGUAGCAUGCAAAGGCUUUGCUGAGCAACAGGGAACAAAAACCUGCCUGGAUUGUGGUUCCACCUUGUGCUGCGUAACUGAGGGGGGAACCUCAGGGAUGUCGUUUGAGAGGGAUCAUUAGCUGCGAGCAGCCCGGCUGGGUCAGGCUGGGAGGCGGAGACGCAGCUGCAAGCAGCGGAGCAAGGUGGAGGCACGAAGACAGAAGACCAGGUUAAUGAAAGCAUGAGGUGGCUCUUGGGCAGCAGCUUGAAAAAUUUUGGACAUGCUGACAGGGGAAACUAUGACUGGCUAAACAGUGAACCGGGUGGGCCACUUCUGGAAACAGAGCUUCAGAGCAGACAACAGUCAAGUUCAACCAAAGACGACAUAGAACCUUUCCUGUGUAUCAUAUUGCCUGCCACCAUGAUGCUCUUCCUGGCAUUCCUGCUGCUCUUCCUGUACCGCCGUUGCCAGCGCCCCACUCAGCAGGGGCAGAUCUUCAGCAUCGACCUUCCCGAGGCCCUGCCUGAGCACGACGUGUCCAAUUUCCUUUCUGCACUGCCCUGGAGCAGCGAACAGAGCUUCCACUACUCGACGCUGCUCCCCGAUGCCACGUUCCUCUCCGUGUGUUUGCCUCCGUCCUACGAGGAGGCCACCAUGAAGACUUCCAUGGAAGAGGCUCACAUUGAGCUCUCUCCAGACCCAGUGCCUCCUUACGAAGAGAGUGCGCUGCAGACCAGCAGCACCAAAUAAACUUCCUACAGAAGCACCUUAGCUGAAGCAUGCAGCACAAAGGUAGAACUGCUAUGGCCUUUAAAAUCUGUGAAAAGAUUCCAAAUGAGGCACAAAACCAAUUAAUUUAUGAAGGAAGAAACUUGAAGUAACAGGGACUGCAUCUCUUCACCUCAUCCUGGGAUUCUCUACCUUCCAUUUGUGGCAAGUGUACACACAGGAAAGCACCAAGUCCAAUCCAGACUGGUAACGUGGGGAUUCUAGUCAACAAACAUGUCAUGUAAGGAUUAAACUUAAGGAAAGCUGGGAAGCUCUUCCUCUGUAAUCCCUCAGCUACAGUGAAAUGUCAAUAACGCUAUAGAUUCAGCAGUCACAAAAAGGGCUUUUAGCACAUACAUAUUCCAGUUUGGUUUGGGGGUUUUUUUUUCCUUUUUUAUGCAUUUAUAUUUAAAUGAGUUUUUGACAAGCUGAGUCACUCAGUCUGUGUGUGUUUACAUCACAUCAUUCUGCAGUGCUCUGGAACGAUCACAACAGCUCUCAGGAAAGCAAAUAAAUAUAUAACCUCUACAAAAUUUCCACUAACUGUCCCCAAAGGUUCUAAUGUGCACUGUGAAUAGAGGCUGUCUUUUCUCACAAUUGGACAAUGAGCACAAGCAGCAACCAGGGAAGACCUGAUUGUUCUGGGUGAGGAAGCCUCCAUGCAAGAGCACACUCACUCUGUUGCUGCAAGCUGCUUGCCAAGGUCUGCAAGGUCCCAGCAUUCCAGACUACCCAGUUGACUUAUUUUCCAAGGCUAACAUAAUAAACCAUUUUACUUACAUGGUGCAGUGUGUA